GGAGGAGCACGGCUCACCUGGGCGCAGGUGCGGCAGCGGGAUCACCGGGGCAGUCAGAGGAGGUUGCCAGGAUGGCGAACUUCAAGGGUCAUGCGCUUCCAGGCAGUUUCUUCCUGCUCUUUGGGCUCUGGUGGUCUGUGAAAUACCCGCUGCAGUAUCUCAGCCAGAAAGGAAAUAAGAAAUCCUUCAGGAUUUAUUGUUUCCAGCGUGUGGAUGCUAUCGAAGGGGGAAUCAAAAUCAUCUUUGCUCUAAUAGGGAUGCUGGCAGAGCAGUUCGUCCCGGACGGUCCACACUUGUACCUCUACAGCGGGGAAAACCGUGACUGGGUGAAGCUGAUGAACUGGCAGCACACCACCAUGUACCUCUUCUACGGCCUCUCCGGGGUGGUGGACGUCUUCACCUGCAUCUCCCAGGAGGUGCCGCGGGGUCUGGAUCGCCUCAUGCUCUCCCUGGCCGUGUUUGUUGAAGGUUGCCUCUUUUAUUACCACGUCCUUCACCGCCCCGUGCUGGAUCAGCAUAUCCACUCCCUGCUGCUCAUCGCCAUCUUUUCAGGGGCCUGCAGCAUCAUGCUGGAGGUCUUCCUCCGCGACAACAUUGUCCUGGAGAUGUUCAGAGCCGGUGUCACCAUCGUCCAGGGAACGUGGUUCUGGCAGAUCGGGGUUGUGCUGUUCCAGCCAUGGGGAGGUCCCAUGUGGGAUGAGAAGGACCACAGCAACGUCAUGUUCCUCACCAUGUGCUUCUUCUGGCACUGGGCAGCCGCUGUGGCAGUCCUGGCAAUAAACUACACCCUUGCUUACUGCUGCAUCCAGAGGUGCAGGCGAGGCAGCGGAGAGCCCUACAUCGGGCUCGGAGUCCGGCAGCAAAAGUGUGACACGAGCUCCCGAGACGCCUUCCUCAACGGAUCUGACGAAGAGUGAAGGGGGGUGCAACCUCCUUCUCCAAAUACACGAAGAAUCUGCUUUCUGGAAGGAAAAAAAAAGAUUUUAAAAAUCUAAUGAAAUAUUUACAUUUUGGAAGAGCAAAGAGAGGUGCUGCUCUCCUGCUGCUGGGAAGCACGUUGGGCACAUGGAGGGGGUUGCUGCCCUCCAUCCGUACCCAAAUGUCGCCGUCUCUGAAACGAGCACUGUUUGCAGUGAUUUUUAGCAACAAAAUUAAGCGCAGAAAUUCAACGUGAUGAGAUCGCUUCGUCCUGUGGGUUCCCGUGUGUGUUACCAUAGUGAUGGAGGGUGUCCUUUGGGUGGCUGACUUUUCCAAGAGCCUGGAGGCUUCGACCCGCAGUGAUUGAAGUCAGGGAAACCUCCAGGCUGAGGUCAUGUACCUCCAGACCAAGGCAUCAUCCCAAGGAGGAAGAGUAAAAGAGUGUUGAAUGUGAAAUUAUGUCCAAUUUACAACACCACGGCUUGAUUGCAGGCAAUACAAAUUUUUAUUACCAAAGAUCUGAACUAAAGAGGGGGCUUGUUAAUAGUUUUCAUGUUCACAUAAGGGCUGAAAGAGUGAAUAAAUGUGAAAUAAAAAUCCUCGCUGAGCUGA